AUGGGACAAAUUGUGGACGAUCAGCUACCCUAUAAUGUACUUGAACUAAUAGGGAAUGAUUGCCUAGCAGAUGAUGUAUCUGAACUAGUUGGACCGAUGAAUGAUUACAUUGGCGGCCAAGCGGGUGACGGCCAUGAGUUCACUCAAGUCAUUCAUCGUGGCUGUUCGCAAGAUUCCUACUACGUGGAAGUUGAAGACACUCUGUUCACAGAUGCAGCUCUAUAUGAUGAAGCAGUCAUUAAUUUAUACCUAACCCGGUGGCCUAGAUCGAUGAUUCACUCUCUUUUCCCCAACAAACCUAACAUGUCGUCAAUCGAGUUGUGGAUCAUUCAGUUCUUGAUAGAUUGGAGUGUACGUCAUCAGGCCCCCAGUCGUUACCCUCAACAAUUACAAAUGUGGGAUGACGUUAGGACGACUCUAUACGCAACGCUGGAGUUGAUCCAACUGAGCAUGUACGCGUUUCUGGGAUUGAUGUUUUUGAGCAACCAUAAUUGUCAUUAUCUCUUGGGGGAUACGCCGAUCGAUGAUGGUCUGGAGUUGUCGGUAGCCAAGAUAUACAACUUCGCCAUGAACCUGUACAGCUACUUGUUACUGGCGUCCAGUAGGCAGAUGGCGCGAGUGCUUAAUAAUACCUGUACAGUUACUGAAGCGAAAGUGCUUUUGGCGUCUUUGACUUUUUUGUACACUAUACUAGAGAAGCUACCUCCUGGUACUUGUCCAUUGGUCGAUUUCACAAAAGGCGGCAAUGAUUUCAUCAAGUACAAUAUUGGCUUCCGUCAAACAUACACUGUGUUGCAACCACUCUUGCAAAAUCUGCCAUACGAAAUCAUACAAGGUCCGACAACUAAUCGAUUUGCCAUAUCAAUCCCAGUGUUUGUCCGCAUAUUGGAGUUUAUCGACAAUAAUACCGAUGGGCUAGGGACUACGGCUGAUGUGAGUAUCAUUAGACACGCGUUUGCAAUUCUCGAUCAACAAAUAUAUCACACCACCGUUGCCUUACAUCCGCUUGAGUACCAUCCUAUAUUUUCAAAGGUGUCGAAUGAGUUUUGGGACUUGGUCUAUGCUCAAAAUACGCUUGCUCUCAGUUGGCUUAAUGUAUUGGCUGCCUAUGCUCUUGUAUUUGAGCUGUACUAUAUUCGCGACAACAACAUUUGGGUUGAGUACAUGAACUGGUACCGUGCGUGGCAUGGUCAAAAUUUUUUCUGGGAUGAACCAAUAUACCAAGCUGUGGUUGAACAAGGCUACUGUGUAACUGAUUACGCAUUGUUGCGAUACUUCAACCCCCUCGAAUGUGCCAUUAUCAACGAGAUCUCAUGA